AUGGCCUAUGCUAGACUCAAUAACCUUCAGAGCUACCAGCAUCACUACUUCUCAACCCCCGCUCUGGACAACCGUGGCUCGUCGAAUGCCAUCAACGACUUCGGUCCACCUGCGUCUUCGACCAUUCAGCGGAAGCCCAUUCAUUACUCUUUCCCUCGUGCGCACGAUGCCGCCGGCAGAUGGCCUUCGCAUCUGGAUGCGCAGGCAAGAGUCUAUCGACUGGCAGCCUACCGUAGACUCUUGCGAUCGAGAGCUCAUUGCGAGACCGUCUUUGUCGAAUUCGUGAGUGCUUGUCCCUAGCACCUCCUGAUCUUGACCAGAGCUGAUAAUGCGUCGUCCCUCUCUAGGAGAGGACUCUGCUGUCAGUCAUGCACGAUGCGAUAGACAUGAAUCUGCUCCGAAAUACAGCGGAUCUUCUCUACAAGUUUCCCGCCGAGACUGCACAGGCUUCUGAUGCCAUCGAAGGGAAGAUGGAGCACAUCGCGCUGAUCCUUGCUUGUGUCCGCCUAUGCUCCGCGUCCCAUCCGUCCAAUGAUCGCAUCGAUCCUCGCCAAGCUCAAGAUCUCCUCUUCUUGGCAGAAGAAGCCGUCGAGGUGCACAAUGCUAGUCAAAUCAAAAGCUUGGCAGGUCUGCAAGCAGGUAUGCUUCUUCUGAUUAUUUACGAGAGCGAAAAACGCUGUCGUGACGGACAAUGGGACAGGCUUUGGGAAGGCUUAAUCGGCGCGUGUGUCGAGAUGCGUCUUCACGACCUUGCCGGUCAUACAAUGUCUCGCGAUGAUCCUCAAUUCACACACUUCACAUCGCGGCAAGAGGAGUUUGCGGUCAGAAUAUGGUGAGUGUGCCCAUUCUGUGCAACCGCAGAUUUGACUGUAGUCGAGACUGAUAGGCGAUGAUGGUGCUGUGAUCACAGGUGGUGGUUUGUCUGUCGCGACUGGUUAACGACGUGCUCACUGAACAAAGCUGGAUUCAAGACUCGUCUUCCCAGCGACCUCGAUCAGGACGCGCUCGACCAUGCAAGGGUGCUCCAGCUGCCGGCAUCUUUACACUACACCCGGGCCACGUACUCCCUCCGACUCAUCGACCUUGCCUUUCUCAACUACGAGUGGGUCAGGGCACUCAAAGACACGUCAACGCCCUCUUCCUCCGAUCUGCAGCCGGCGGCUAGACAACAAUUGCUCCACCGAAUCCCUCCCAUGCUUCAGCAACUUCACCAGCUGUACUUUCGCCCCGAUCUCUCGAUGCGAUUGAAGCAGGAGAACAGUCAGGACAACAAGGCAGCUCUCAACGCCGCAGUGAUACUACGCGACCGCUGGUUGCUCUGCCACCAGGCUAUGAGUACUCUUGGCAGCAUCUACUUGUCCGAACGAGCAUCUUGGGAUGCUCAGGGAGAUUUGACAAGCGUUGCUGCCAGCCUCGUGUCCACGGCCCUCAACUUAGUGGAGCAUAAUGAGCCAGAGAUGGUCCGACACCUGCAAGGUGCGCCUAUCAAGUGAGUGAAACGCAUGAGGGCUUCCAAGCCUGGGCAGCAACGAGGAAUCGUCAGGAAGAAAGUCAUCAGCUCACCUGAGCGUCCGCGUCCUCAUCCCUUACAGCAUUGGACGCUGGCACCGAGUGCUCGAGGCGUGCUACGUCAUCUUGCAAGCUGUGCGCUUAGAGGGCAAGCUUUCGCGGAGCAGUGCGACAGCUCCGCUGCACCGGGUAUGGUGCGAGAAGGUGUCGCGCGCUUUGAAGCCUCUCCAAGCCUCUCAUCAGGGAGCCUGGGCUGCCGCUGCGAUCACCACUCGCAUUCUCAGUGGGGAGAGCUGGGAUGCGGCACUACAAUCCGCCAGUCGACAAAUUGGCUAUGGAAGUCAGACCUCGCUGCGCUCGUUGCUUCAGCUUGGCGGCAGAGCUGGGUGUAUGGACACGCGUAAGCUUCUGGAGCAGCAGUGUGAUGUGACUGCUGGCUACAUCGCUGCAGCACCUCGCUUGGACACCGAUUCUGAUGCGCACUCGCAGUCCACGACUCCUCUUCCAAGCUCUGUAGGCGGCUCAAUUAGUGUGUCGUCUACUCAUGAGCUCGGAAGCCUUCAACACCAGCCUUUCUCACUCGCUGUAGGAUCUUCCACGAGACCAGCGCCAGCGACGAUGGCCCUCAAUACCACUUCCUUGGCACCCUCGUCGAAUCAUGCUAAUCAGGCACCUUCUCUGUUUCUCGAACCAUUGGAGUGGUGGGGCUCCACCGACCCGAGCAGUAGCAGCGGCGGGUCAUGCUCGAGCGACUAUCAGGCGUAUGGAAAUCAUGCAACCGAAAAUUGGGCGACGGUGCCGGUCGCUGGGUCAGCGGUUCCAUUUAACGAGCUGCAGAGGCGUAAUGCCUCUUUCAUACCCCACGUCAGCACGCUGGAGCUGGAGAACGAUUUCAUGCCUUUUCGAAGUUCUUAA